CAGAAGACAGCAGACGGUCGCACAACGAGCCACUCGAGUUCGAUACCGCCAACUGGGACUGGAAACGAUGAACAGACAGAGCAUCAUAUGGGCGCUAGCCGCCUGCUUAAUUGCAUGUGCCAGCGCUAGCAGCUACGGCGUACAACCGAACUACGGCUCUGGCGGCAACCAGGAGUCAUACGGCCCGGGCUCACAGCAGAGCUACAGCUCCAGCUCCGACGGCGAUGCAGCAGCCGCUGCAUCCGCUGGCGGUGCCGGUGAGUACGGCAACGGUGUCGGCGAUGGCGCCUCAGCUGGCGCUUUGGCUGGCAAUGCCGAUGCCGCUGGCGUCGCCCAGGCCGGUCAGGGCAGCUACGGCUCCGACCAGAACAUUCCCUACAAGCCGGUGAACACCAAGGGCAACACCCUCACCUCCUCGAUCACCUACCCACAGAACAAGGGCGAGAUCCUGAUCCAUCGUCCGGCACCCAUCAUUGUGCGUCGCCCACCCACCAAGGUGCUGGUGAACCAUCCUCCAUUGGUUGUCAAGCCCGCCCCAGUUGUGCUCCACAAGCCCCCAGCAAUCGUGCUCCGCAAGGUCUACGUCAAGCACCACCCACGUCGCGUCAAGGUCGAGCCCGUGUUCGUCAACGUGGUGAAGCCCCCAGCAGAGAAGUACUUUGUCAAUGAGAACAAGCAGGGAUACGGCCAGGGCUCGCACGGAUCCGGCCAGGGCCACCACAUCCUGAACAGACCCGGCCCCAUUGUGUCCGGCCCACAACAGCAUGGCCCCGGCGGCCAAGCCCUCCCCGCGUAUGCCUCCGGCGCCGAUAAUGCCGCCGUCAGUGCUGGCUACCAGCUGCUCCAGGGCGGCAACCAUGGUCUCUCCGCCCUGGCCAACAUUGCUGGCGACCGCGAGGGCAGCUAUGGCGGCCAGAGCUACGGCCCCAGCCAGUCCGGCCCCAGCUACUCGGGCCCAUCGUACUAAGCGCCCCUCCCCCCAGCGCUGACGAUGCCCAGCGACGAUGUCCUUGUCGCCGCUUCCAGCUACUGGUCUCCACUGGUCUUAGUUACUAUGUUUUUUACACAGCUUGGACGCUCACAAGGCGGGCGCGCAGGUUUCUUUGCAAACAAAUAAAAAAGAAAAUUUGAAAAAAUUAAAAAAA